GAAGGGAGGCGUAUUUUGGAAAAACAUUUUAUCUUGGGUAUAAUUGGCGCUGUAGGAGAUGGUAAAACAGUAAUGUGUCGGAUGGUCGCCAAUUCGUUCUUGACGGUUCAUAAAAAUUUUAUUCCAUUGGAAAUAGGACACCCGAGGGACCUGGAUUCCGUAACUUUUACAGAUGAGGAUAGCUACUUAUUGAUUAUUGAUGUAAUGUUUGGUAUAUGGACACGUACAAUAAAAGAACAAAUGCAAGAAUGGCCAAAAAAUUUUGAGUUAUUAUAUUUAGCAAAACAAAAACGUAAAUCGGCAAUAAUCUAUGUUAUGAGACAUGAUGUCUACCAGGCUUGUCAGCAUCUUCUUGGGAAGUAUGAAAUAUUCUCUACAUUAUAUCGGUUACAGCUUCAUGAGACACAAUUCCAGUUGUCAAAUGAUGAAAAAAGGGAUAUUUUGCGAUACCAUUUGGGAAACUGUUCCGACAAUAUGCUGGGGAAGAUGGUGGAACACAGUUCAGGAUGCUUUGGUUUUCCAGGUAUUGUCAGUCUUUGUAGUAAAAGUAGUAAAACUUACACAGGAGAAGAAAUUUGGAUGCUAAAUGGUCUAUUUUAUUUUUUGAACAGGGAAUACGACAUAUUCUGGAAGGAAGAUAGAAUUAAGUAUUUGGCUUUAUUUGUUGUAUUUAGUCCACGGCCUCUCUCCGAGGAUGGAAUACGACAAAAGACGAAUCACUUACUACAAAAUCAGAUACAACAAGCAAUGGGGAAUUCCGGUGGAGUAGAAGAUAUUCUCGAUUCAUGCAAAAAUUUAACUGGUUCUUACGUAAUAUGUGAUGAGGAAAAUGAGAAGCGCAUGUCUCUAUCAGAAAAGGUGAUCAGACCCUUUCUGCUUCAUGUCUCUCAGCGAUUUAUAGAACUGACAAUAAAAUAUUGUCCCUUUGAUCUCUUAAUAGAUCACGUGUCUACCGUACCGGAUGAUCACAAGGUUCUCAUAAAGUCCCCUUGUUAUGUUGAUCUAUAUGAAAGAUUCUCUCGUGAAUUGCAGGAGAAGAAUGAAGCUGUGUUAUUCCACCAAGCAUUUCUUGACAGUAAUUUCUUGCAAAAGGUACUUAAUGUAGAUAGUGGUGACAUGCUGCUAAAUCCCGAGCUAAAGAUACAGCUUGGUGGCGAUCCAAUGGACGAGGGACAUUUUCUGCAUUAUGUAUGCUUAUUUGGAUAUUUAAAAGAGCUGCAAAUAGUUUUCUCAUACUCCAGCGAAACUACUGCAAUUUUAUGUGACAUAAAAACAAAUCUCGGGUUGGAUUUAUUAAGCCUUGCCGUUAAGUCCGGGAAGGGGGCAAAAGAUAAAAUAAAAUAUUUACGUGAUGAGAAAAAUGUUAUAGAAUGCCAGAGUAAAACUGAAAUUCAACAACUUAUUCGUACAGCAGCCAAGGCAAACAAUUUGGAUACUCUGAAACAUGUUAGUUCUUUUACAGAUAUUGACAUUAGCUCUGUGGAUCUUAACCAGCAAACUUUUCUACACCAUGCCUGUGAUUCGGAUUAUGACGUCCCAGAAAUCGUCCAAUAUCUCAUUGCAAAAGGCGCGGAUAUCGAGGCAAAGGAUAAAAAUGGCUGCACUCCUCUAAAUCUAGCAGUUAAACGAGGAAAAUUCUUGACAAUAGAUUGUCUCAUAAAACUAAAAGCUUCUGUCACCGUGGCUGACAAAGACAGCAAAUUACCCAUUCAUGUAGCUGCCAACUCAAAUGCAGGCCGUUUGGAUAUUGAUACACCUGGUAUAAUAGAACUGUUGGUGGGCGCUGGAUCAUCUGUUAAUGCUAAAGAUGCUAGCGGUAGAACACCACUGGUAGAAGCCCAUGCUAAAUUUGACGAAAAGACGAUUGGUGUGUUAAUUAAAAAAGGAGCAGUAGACCAAACUCCUUCGGAUGAACAACUUUCUACGGAUGAACAGUUGUCUACAGAUGACCAACCUCUUAUGGUUAAAGAUCAUUCUAUAAAUGAACAGUCUCAUUCAAAUGGAAUUCAUCUUACGGAUGAACAGGAUGAACAGCUUUCUACAGACGAACAGCUUUUUACAGAUGACCAGCUUCUUACAGCUGACAAACGUUCUGCAGAUGGACAACCUACACGAGAUCACAAAGUAGACCAAACUCCUUCGGUUGAACAACUUUCUACGGAUGAACAGUUGUCUACAGAUGGCCAAUCUCUUAUGGUUAAAGAUCAUUCUAUAAAUGAACAGUCUCAUUCAAAUGGAAUUGAUCUUACGGAUGAACAGCUUUCUACAAACAAACAGCUUUCUACAGAUGACCAGCUUCUUACAGCUGACAAACGUUCUGCAGAUGGACAACCUACACGAGAUCACAAAGAUGAUGUUGAAGCAACCGCGAGGGAAAAAAAGAACCAGAUAGAAGAUUCCAGCAACGAAUUUCCGCUCCAUCAUUCAGCGUAUGUUGACGAUAUACAUAAAUUCAUAUCAGUAUUAGACCAGUAUAAAGAUAGUAUAAAAAUAGUAGAUAACGAUGGUAAAACGCCUUUAGAAAGAGCUUGUUUUUCUGAAUUUGAAAUUGUACAUAAAGUAAAGCUUCUUGUUUUUAGAGGUUAUACAUCCUGUAAAAUGCUUGUUAAUAUAUGUCAAUCAGCCCCAAAUGAUUUACUUAAACUUAUAUUUGAUAAAACUAUAUAUGAUACAAUGAACGAAUUUGAUCAAACCGGGAUACUAGAGAUUAGAAACCGUUUAUUACAAGGUGGAGGUUUAGAUGAUCUAGAUACAAACAAAAAAACAUUAUUGCAUUAUGCCUGUCAAUAUAGCACUUUAACGACUGUUCAGUAUUUGAUUGAUAAUAACUGUAACGUGAACUGUGUAGGUGGUAAGUAUGAAAUAACACCAGUAUUCUAUUGCUGUUAUAAAGAUGUACCUCAAGCGGUUGAAAAGAUGCAAGUCUUGGUGAGUAAUGGAGCUAAUUUAGAUGUUACAGAUAUAGAUAAGACAUCCCUGUUACAUAAAGCUUGUGGAGUCAGUACAGUAGAGGCUGUUCAGUAUUUGAUUGAUAAUAACUGUAAUGUGAACUGUGUAGGUGGUAAGUAUAAAAUGACACCAGUAUUUUAUUGCUGUGAUAAAGAUGUACCAAAAGCGGUUGAAAAGAUGCAAGUUUUGGUGAGUAAUGGAGCUAAUUUAGAUGUUACAGAUAUAAAUAAGACACCCCUGUUACAUAGAGCUUGCUUGGUAAGUACAGUAGAGGCUGUUCAGUAUUUGAUUGAUAAUAACUGUAACGUGAACUGUGUAGGUGGUAAGUAUAAAAUAACACCAGUAUUCUAUUGCUGUUAUAAAGAUGUACCUCAAGCGGUUGAAAAGAUGCAAAUCUUGGUGAGUAAUGGAGCUAAUUUAGAUGUUACAGCUAUAAAUAAGACACCCCUGUUACAUAGAGCUUGCGCGGUAAGUACAGUAGAGGCUGUUCAGUAUUUGAUUGAUAAUAACUGUAAUGUGAAUGGUGUAGGUGGUAAGUAUAAUAGAACACCACUAUUCUAUUGUUGUGAUAAAGAUGUACCAAAAGCGGUUGAAAAGAUGCAAGUUUUGGUGAGUAAUGGAGCCAAGUUAGCCGUUAUUGAUGACAAGAACUUCACACCACUGCACCAGGCAUGUGCAUUUAGUACGUUAGAAGUGGUAAAGUAUUUACUAGAUAGUAAUUGUAAUGUGAAGUAUAAGGCUGGUAGGUACAAUAACAAAUCAGUAUUCUACAGCUGCUGUAUCUCAGAAACACACCGUAUUGAUAAGAUUAAACUAUUGCUGUCUCGUGGAGCUAAAUUAGAGAAAGCUGAAAAGUCAUUUUGCAUUAAUACGGCAAUGUCCCUUGGUUAUUAUGACACUGUAGAAUUUGUGAAGACAAUACCCGUUAAAAGAUGGUACCAGUUCAGCAGGUGAUCAUACUGUCAUUGCAGACACGUCCGUUAAUAUUUGUUGCCAUUGGUAGAAUUAAUAAAGUAUAAUUUCAAGAACAAUGAUAUCAAUGUGCCUUUGAGAUGUGCUCAUCAUUCUACCAAGGUAUUCAUUUGUUUAGAAAUAUACUUGUUCUAAUAUUAUAUUAAACACUAUUUAUUUAAACGGAAAAUCAAGCCGAUAUUUUUAAGCUGAUAUGUUCCGUGUCAGUGGAAUGCCUGGCGUAUUGUUAACUUUAAUACUCGUAUUAAUUAGAUGAAACGCUGUUUAAUGUUACGUCAGCACGUAUUGAAAUAUGUAUCUACCCUCUCUUGCCGAAUAGUGUAACGCGUGGUGUACCUCGUGGCAUAACGCGCGUACUUUAGUGUUUAACGCCCGCUUCCACCGAAGGUGAUAUCGCAGACAAGUUUUAUUUUUCAUUAUCUUAGCGCACGCGCAUAGGUCUUUCAUGUGGGAGGAAACCGGAGUACAGUACCCCCACAAGGUUGAGAAGGCGCCUCUAUUUCCAAGCCACAUACGCUCACACCAGGGAUCAAAGCCACAACCGCAAGAGGUGACCGGCCAGCUAGAGGUCGACCAUCCCAGGACCCCUGCAGGCUACUUUAGAUCAAUCAACUGAUCUAUAUAUAAACUGGAUUGCUCAUGACGCAGGCCAAUCAAUGACGUAAGUUCAAGCCACCUUGGUGUUUCUCGGUGCCCCCCCCCCCCCGGUUUCCUCUCACUGCUAACGACCCUUACACGCACACAAAUCAUUGAAAUAAAAAUCAACCUUCUGUUAGUCCUGAAAUGACUUAGUUUGUGAAGAUUUGACGUUAAAACCCGUUUUACUUUCUUCUACUUACGUAUUAACUGAACCUAACCAGUAUUUAAUAAAACGGGUUCAAUAUCGGUUAACUCAUCCAUUUAUUAAAAAUACAUUAUGUAAGAUUUAGAUAAAAAGCUGACCGUUCUCGUUAUAAUAGUUUAAAGAUACAUAAUGGAAAAGGAAUAUGUUAGACAUUUCAGUCAAAUUACUUCCUUCUGAGCAGGGUUAUGAAUGUUUAUGUAGCUGAGCAGGGGGGGGGGGG